AUGCUUUCAACCAAGUUUUCUCUGGUUGUUGUAUACUACUUUCUGAGCGUGUUCCAUCCAGGCUCAACCUUAUGGAGUACAUCGAAGGGGGCCAGUUCAUUGCCAAAAGAAUGUCAUCGACUAAAAACCAGCAUAAACUUUGGAGACGGUAUGCUGAUGUUAGGAGGGAACAACGGAACAGAGCAAGAUAAUGGUUUUGAAUUACGAGUGCGUCGAGCUUCAGACGGUGUGAUGGUGAGUGGAUGGUACGAGUCGGGACGUGAGUAUGCAGUCACGCUGAUCAAUCGUUAUCCAUCGGUCGGGUUUCGGGAUGCCGUUAUCUGGUUGGAUUUUGACGACGGCGAUAAAUUUAUGAAGCCAAUGAAUGGAAACGGAGAAAAACGAAGGGCGAAGCGUUCGCUGGAUACACAGCAGACUAACUCCUGCAUUCGUGAUCCAAGUCGCCUUGGAACGUGGAUACACAAACCAGGCAGUGAUUCAUCCACGCAGCCCCGUGCUGGUUGUCACGGUUUGACAGCGGAACGACACAAUAGUGCACGUUCUCUGGUCACGAAGUUGGUGCUGAACUGGCGGGCACCGGAUGACUACCAGUCCCCGCCUAGAUGCAAGCGUACUCUUCCACUCGGGUGUGUCUUGAUGCAAGCGGCUGUUCAGGCUCGUGGUGGACAUGAGAGUGUCUACGCCGUGUCAGGUGGACUUUCAAAAAGGUUGUGUCCAAGCUGGAAAAGACCUCCUAGCCCCGUACUACCUGCAUACAUUGGUAUGCACAGUGAGAGGACCCACUUAAAUGAGCCGAAAAGUAUAACGCCUAACGACGGUGUGAAGCUUUCAGCGAAAGAUACUAUGCACAUGGAUACAAUGCAACCUCCUGACUGUUGUGCCUGUGGUACUGCGACUUAUAACCUGACAUUUAAAGGACUAUGGACCAGGAAUACUCAUCCGAGGGACUGGCCGGUUCAUAACCCGGGGCUGCUUCACUGGACCAAUUUGAUUGGAGCUAGCCACAUGCCUGGAUAUCGUAUCUAUCAGUUUGGGGAACCAGCAAGUGCAGGUGUAUCGGCAGUCUGUGCCUACGGAGACACAACGGUACUGAAGCAAUCGCUCGGAAUCGCCGCAUCAAGUACAGGGUCAGUGAGUAGUGUCCCCACAGGGACACAAAGGGGCGCACUGGGCAUCGGUCCACUUCACAGUUUGAUAUCUACUCCAGGUAUGUGGAGUGAAGAGACACUGGAUGAAUCGCGCUCAACCCUGCUCGCUGUCAAUCGCACCCAUCCUCUAAUCUCCUUUCUGACUAUGCUUGGACCGAGUCCAAAUUGGUGUGCGGGUGUAGCAAGUCAGUCCGUAUGCCAAGCGGAUUGCACGUGGAUAAAGCAACUCCAGAUUGACUUAUUUCCCUGGGAUGCUGGUGUGAGAUACGGUGACACUUACAUACCAAAAAACGCCGAUAGAAAGGACAUCCCAGAUCCCAUCAGAUACAUCACUUUUGACUGGAUGCCCAACCACCCAUUCACACCCAAUCUGCCGGUUGCACGGGUAACUUUGGAACGAGUACUUCCAAAAGAAUCUUGGCAAUGUACAUCUGAGCCAGGCGUAGGGGUUGAACUGUUUCGGUCAGAUGGAACCACAGAAACUGUUGGUGGGAAGGUUGCGGAAGGAGAGAGAGACCAUACGAUAGCACAGUCGGUCAUUGGUGAUCCGGUUGGUGGAGUACUGAAGAAAUCACGAUCAAAGUCGGGUGGCCACGGCGCUGGUGGUGGUGGUCUAACUGGAGAUAACCCACUCUCUGACCCAAGUCUGGCUCAGAUGGCCACGUUUCUGUGCAUCACUGAUCAGUGGUCUCCCUGGGGCCAAUGCUCAGUGACCUGUGGCGUUGGGCGCCGCGAACGUCGGCGCCUUAUGAUAAGCAACAAGAAGAACGAACUUUGUCAGCACGUACCUCUGGUGGAAGAGGAACUUUGUGAAGGUAGAAAGCGCACAUGCGAUUUCAGUGCUCCGUGUAGUUUACUCCCAUGGACCGAAUGGACCCCGUGCAAUGCGACCUGUGAUAACCGCGACGGAGUGCAAACACGCCGACGUUACUUGGCUAGGCCGGAGGAACUAGACCGUUGCAGACAUGUGUUUAGAACACAAGAGGAGCUGAACGGGAACACAGUGGUAGAAAAACGCGAAUGUGGCCCAACCGAGAACGAAUGUGACCCGGUCACAAUUUGUGGUGAGGGACGCAAAGAUGGUAUACCUUGUGGAAAGAAAAUGUGGCAGUAUUAUUAUAGUGCCGUGGAACAUGACUGUCUGCCGUUUGAGUACCUAGGUUGUAAAGGAGGCCGGAAUCGAUUCCGAACGAAAGAGGCGUGUAGAUCAAUGUGUCUGAAAGUGGUGGAGAGUCUGCCUGGUUGGAGGCGUGAGCGCAUGGCAUUGUUACAAUAUCAGACAUCGCAAAUCUCAUCCGAAGCGACAGAUGAAAGCCGAAGAAAAUCCAUGAAGGCAGCGGUACACUGUACUCAACCAAUGGAUCCUGGACAGAAAUGCAGUGAUGGCGCUGACAAACUGAUCGGCGCAUGGUAUUAUUCCCCAAGAACUCGUCGGUGUUUCGAGUUUCUUUAUCUCGGAUGCGGUGGUAAUCAGAACCGUUAUGCUGACUACACAUCAUGCAUAUCUGACUGUAUGCCUGAGGAAUGGCAAAAGUCGCUUCAAAUGGCCAAAGCUCUAGCAGCCACAGAAAAGCAAUCAAAACACAAAGAGGAAUUCUACCCGUCCGUUGACUCCACGAAUCCAGGCACCGAGUCAACUACCAUGCUCGAUAAGGCCAUGGUAGAAAGCCUUCGUGGACCGAAACAAGACUGUCAACUAACGGCUUGGGGUGGCUGGAGUCCGUGCUCGGUUAGUCGCUCUCAUCAGACGGGAAAACAACAACGAUGGAGACACAUACUGAGAUCACCUAGACAUGGCGGGAGUACCUGUGGCAGACUUUUUGAAGAACGUGCAUGCACUGGGACUUUUUAA